AUGGCGGUCGACAUCCUGGACGUGGAUCACCUAGCGGUAAGCGCGAUCGUUACCGUCGGCAUGCAGCUGAUCUUCUUCACGAUCGCCGCCACCUUUCAAAUGGACAAGCUCACGGAUUUUGCGGGGGGCGUGAAUUUCAUUAUCCUCGCCCUCCUUACCUUCUUCCUCGGACAGGUCGGUAAGACCUACGACAGUCGUCAGCUAAUGGUGACUAUUUUUGUUUGUCUCUGGGGAGCUCGACUUUCCUGUUAUUUACUUUAUCGCAUUGUCAAAAUUGGAAGGGACAAGCGCUUCGACGACCGUCGAAGUAACAUUAUACGCUUCGCCGUUUUCUGGACAUUUCAGGCGGUGUGGGUGUAUGUGGUAAGCCUCCCGGUGAUAAUCAUCAACUCACCGAGACAUAAGAUACCACCGGCCCCGAAGACAAUGACGACCCUCGAUAGCGCGGGUACCGGAUUGUUCGUCGUCGGCCUACUCGCCGAGACUUACGCUGACCUGCAGAAAUUCGCGUUCAGACAAGACCCGAUCAACGACGGCAAGUGGUGCAACGACGGUCUCUGGAGGCUCUCCAGACAUCCCAACUACUUUGGCGAGAUCGUCGUCUGGUGGGGCAUCUUUGUCAUCUCACUGAACGUCAUCGAGGGUAUCGAAUGGAUCGUCAUUGCCUCUCCCAUAUUCACGACCAUCAUCAUUCUCUUCCUCUCGGGAAUGCCGUUGCUGGAGAAGGCUGCCGACGAACGAUACAGAGACAAUGCCGAGUACCGCUACUACAAGCAGUCGACCUCGCCGCUCAUCCCCAUUCCGCCGGCCAUCUACUCCGAGGUACCCUGGUUCCUCAAAUUUGUUCUUUGCUGCGAAUUCCCGCUUUACGACUCCAUGGAGGCGAAGCCCCGGGCCGCUGUAACCGAAUCCACGUCCAUCAGCCUCGCAGCAUCUACGUAGCUAUAAGCGUGCGUCGGAUUGGCAACCGACGCACGUAAAAGCCCGAGUUCAGCUCUCAAAGCCUCUUGGGGGAGGUUUUGUCAUUGUUAUCCAUCGUUUAUCUCUGCUCUCUCACUUUUCUACUUGCACUUUGAUUCCCUCGCGAACCUAUUCCGAUCCAGUGAGUGUGCGUGUGCGUCCCAUUGAUAAAGAGCAUAUUGGCGCUGGAUGACAUUGUCUCUCUUCCUCCCUCUCGCGCUUCGCAAGUGCAGGAAUGGUAGUUACCAUCAGUCAAAAUAAGUACUG